CUGUACCCGUACCAGCCACACUUUGCGCACGACUCGGGAAAUCUAGGCUGGAGACCCUGUGGUCCCUCUCCAAGGUUAGCUAGCGGGAUCCGUACCGCAGCAGCGACAAGCCGCCCGUGGCAGAGCCCAGAGGCAAAGACCGCAAAGGCUGGUCUUACCCACUCACGUCGUCAAUCUGCAGCCCACUCCCAGACACCACCACCACCGGUCCACCACUGGCUCCGGCAACCAAAUCCAAGGGCCGCACACAGCACACAGCGCACACUCUUUGCUGAGGGAACGCUGAAAGCCGAUAACACUGGGCUUGCACUCUUCUUUCCCUCGCUCACUCCCUCCUUUUUCACGCUCCCUCUAUCCUCCUUCUCAGGGCUGGAUCGAUCACGGAUACGUUGGGACUAA